AUGUCGCAGCAACCGCACGAUAUGGGUUACCUUGACUAUGGUACAUCAACCAAUCGCUCCCCGAACUCGAGACAGAACUAUGCUACAGCGGGUGGUUUCGCUGGCCUCUCGCUACCUCGCCAGUCCCAACGCCCUUUUGAUGCUCCCCUAGGCUCUUCUGCUCUUUACCCUGCCGACAGGAUCGGAAGUGGGUACAACCACCGUGGUAUGGAGAACAUGGCUGGUAUGCAGGGUUACAUGCUGGAUAAUGGUCAGGCUUGGAACUACAACACAUCUGGAGUCGCCACAGUUAACGGUGCCGUGAAUGGCCCUGGACGACAACGAAACGUGAACCGACGAGCCGCUCUUCCCCAGAACUGGACCGACCACAGCGCUAUUGGUAUUCAUGGCAACCAUGGAGGUCUUCAACCCUACCAAGGAGGCAUGAACAACAACCCCAUGUCAAAUGGUGGUCUCCGUGUUGAGCACCCCGGAUCUCACGGCUCUCCCACUGAUCUUCGAUCAAACACCUCAGACGCCGACCAGCUUAUCCCUACAGCUAUUGUUAUUAAGAACAUCCCUUUUGCCGUUCGAAAAGAGACUCUGGCUUCUAUCAUGCUUGACAUGCACCUCCCUCAGCCAUAUGCCUUCAACUAUCAUUUCGACAAUGGCGUCUUCAGAGGUCUGGCUUUCGCGAAUUUCCAGUCUGCCGAGGAUACACGCAUGGUGAUUGAGGCGAUGAACGGCAUGGAUGUCCAUGGCCGUAAGUUGCGUGUCGAAUAUAAGAAGAUGCUCCCUGAGGCUGAGAGGGAGAGAAUUGAACGCGAGAAGCGAGAGCGACGAGGUCAACUUGAGGAACAGCACCGUGCUCCCAUGCUUCACCAGCAAAGCUCUAUCCAGUCACUUGGCAGUCUCUCACAGUCCCAAGCUAGGGGACCGUCGCACCUCGGCAUGCUCGAGACAUCUCGUGUUCAGUCUCCCGCACUGCCCAUGCCAGCCGAUGUUAAUUUGAACGACCCCCAGACUCUCCAGUUCUACACCGAACUGGUCAUGUUCCGUCGUGACGAUUCCCAGGAAAUCCUGGUCUUCCCUGCUGGUAUCUCUCCCGAGCAUCGACGAUCCAUCCACAUUCUCGCACACAACAUGGGCCUUGAGCACCAGUCUAUGGGUGAUGGCGAAUCGCGCCAGCUUACGGUGCUGAAGCGACAACAGCCGUCACCCACCGCCCACAUCCACAGUCAGCCAGGCACCAACCUGGACAUGCAUAAGCGUGGCCUCAGCCGGGCUGCUACAUUUGACUUUGCUGCUGACCGUGAGACACGAGCUGCCAGCAGCAAUUACUCCCACAUGAUGGGUCGACAGGGUCCCACUAUCGAGCUCCCGGGGAGCCCUGAAGGCAACGGCAUCCCCAACAACCUUCGAGCCGCCAAGAGCUUUGCUGAUCUGCGAUCCUUCACCCCCAGCCCUUCGCAGGCUUCCUCCAGCUACCUCGCUCCAUCGGGAAUGAACAACAUGGGUGGUAGCUCGACUGCUGCUCGCUUCGGUGACUACAUGGGAGGUGCCAUGUCACCUUCCGGCCACCCCGGCAACUCUGGUACCCCUGGACCCAAGAACGACUCUGCUCUUCUGAGCAGCCUCAGCAGCCUGAACUUGGGCUACGACUCCAGCUCCAUGCAAAACCAGGCACGAAGCACUCCUGGCGCUAUUGGCAGCCAGCGCCCCGGUAACAGCUCUAAGGGAGCACCUGAGCGACAGCCUCGCGGACCUGAGUGGGAGACCAAUGCCGGAUUUGCUGGGCGACGUGCUAACGGCCACGCCACGCGCGGUAGUGGUGACUCAUCCGACAAUGGAGCACGCGUCGGUUCAAGCUCAACCAACGCUUCGCGAUAUCACUGA